CUCAAGGGUAUUGGGAAGCUUAUUUGUGAUAUUGUGAGCGGAUCUGGUCAGGAAUUCGGCAGGAGUAGUGUUGUGUUGUCUGUUGUCGAGUAAAGACCACUGGGAAUAUUUUCAGCGUAUAGCAAUUUAAUUGAUAUUUUGGAUUCAUAUCAGGAGCCAUGACCAAGACACACGAAGUGCUCUUUUCCUGUAACUUCGACACGGCUUGUGUGAACAGUAUCCAACAGGAGAAGCAGAACGAUGAGAUCGACUUCAAGAUCGGGGUGGGAUGGCAAGGAGAGUGGUCCACAGGUCCAGAGACUGAUCAUACAUUCAAGAAUAGCACUGGCAAAUAUUACUUCAUCGAUGCGAAUGCCAACAACGUACGGAUGGGUGAUCGCGCGGUCAUCCACCUUCUCAACGACCAGCAGCGAUUCCGCGAGGGCCACGCCCAACUGACCCUCUUCUAUCACAUGCUUGACGGCUACGGGCCCAGGAAUCAGAUGGGGACACUCAACGUCUACAUGGACUGCGGAGGGACAAGGAAUGUGACCUGGUCGGUAGACGGCAACCAGGGCUAUAAUUGGAAUGAAGUCGUCAUCGAACUCCAGUGCGAUCAGCAACCCGUACAGGUUUCUAUCGAGGCAGUACGAAAUGGUGUACAGAGUGAUAUUUCCAUAGAUGAUGUCCAACUCAUCGAUAUAUUUGAGGGUGAUCCCCUUCCUCCAGCAACUCACAGCACUUUAUCCAACGUUCCCAGCUCAUCCCGAAGCACACCCCCACCGUCCCGUGGUAUUUCAGGCUCAACUCUUCUGACACGCCCAGGGAUGGGAGGAGGUACAUCAGGGCGUACCAUCAUGCCCGGUGGGUCGGGGAGCAUUACACCACCACCUGUUGGAGGCUCAAAUAAUGGACUUGGUCUGGACAUCAUCGUCCCGAUCGCAGCGGCAGCCCUGGUAGCACUCAUCCUCAUCAUCAUCCUCGUCGUCGUCCUUAUCAUUCACAGGCAGAGGAAAUCAAGCAAAGCUGGCGGAGACACACUUGAACCCCCAUCGCAGCUCUACGAGAACAACAUCUUCGCAGACGCCUCUCCAGAUCGCAAGUACGAGUCGCUUCAACGUCCUCUAUCUAACUCGGAUCGCAUCUACGAGGAACUCAACCACAAGAACUCCACCAUGCAGAUGCGACCGAAGGGCGUUCCUGGAACGCGCAUCCCACUUCAACCCAGCAGGAUGAAUAGCCAGGUACCACCAGCUAUGCGCCGCAGCAUGCCUGAGCUUGGGGACAACUUCUACGAUCGGAUUAACGAUCGCGUCAAUGAGCGGGUUGUCGGUGAACGCGUCCCUGUGGAGUCGAUGACGUUGGAUAACAACACGUCGAGGGUGGACAAUAGUCAUAAUAGUUAUAUUGAUAGAAGUCACACUUACCACCCUGGUGUGCGGGGAAGCUACCCGGAAGACCACCCAUAUUUUACACUCAUGCCCGAUGUGGUGUCUUCGACAGCGUUUCAAGAUGAUCGUAUCUUAUUCACCAUCCCACCACCCCCGUCUUCCACCCCACCCCCACUACCACCACCCCCUCGGGAUUACGACUACGGCCGACCUCUUGCCUCAGGGAUGAUCGAAGAAGAAGAGCUCAACGAAUACCAUGAUGUGCUCGACGUGGACAAGCGACGGCCGUUGUCGAUUAACUCUGAUUUUGAUGAUGAGGAUGGUCUAGGUCGACAUCGUCUAGCGAUGGAUAUGGUGGCUGAUAGGGGUUUUGAGAUGGGGAGUGAUUUGAGACUGAGCAGAGAUACAGAUAUCAGCGGCAGGAUGGAUCUCGACUUUGAUAUGGACGUUGAUAUGCGGAUGUCUGCAGAUGGCGAGGCUGACAUCCAUAACGUGGACACGCUCGAGAUGCCACGUGCGGUGGGUUACGAUCGAGGCCGUGAUCGUCGGAGCCGUGACAUGGAGCUUGAAAGAAACCUCGACCACCCGCAUUCUCAUCCUCAUCCACAUCCCCAUCCUCAAUCUCACCCCCACCCCCACCCUCACCCUCAUCCUCAUCCUCAUCCCAAUGCUCAUCCUCAUCCUCCUCCUCCUAUUCAUCAGCGAUAUGGAGGAAGCCUAGGCAGCAUCGACAGAAGGAGGAACGUCGUCGCUGAUAACGACGUCGAACAAGAACUCAAAGACUAUGAACAUCACCCAUCUCCUUACCACCACAUCGAAGAGGAUCCACAGGGUCACAUACGAAUGGUCAAUCUCAACUAUUCACCGUCAGUCGUUCAUGUAUAACAUAUACAUCGUACAUGUAUGUACAGUUUCAACACAUUCACGUUAUGCCUCAGCUAUUCUUUAUUUCAUUGUUGAAAUAACGAUGUGCUCAUUUUUCGUACCGUACUCUUUCUUUCGAGCUGCCAGUACAAAAAUCUUCUUGUCAACUUUGAAGCAUUUCAUUUGGUUGCUCCAACGAACUUAAGUACUAGCCCACGGAGCCUGCCAUAGAAGAAAGAACGAACUUUUAUAUAGACAAGAAGUUGUUAUUGUAUGCAGCCGUGUUUGGAGGAAGAUGUUCCGUAGUGUGUCUUCACGAAUGAGGUAAUAAGAGACCGCUUAGGAGAUUGGAAAUUAUUGAUAACAUUGUAUAAUACGCAACUACUUUUUUGAUACAUAGAUAUUCAUUGACAUAUUUUCAUUACCUAUAUAAACCUAUCAAAUGAAUUAUGAAAGAAUAUAUUGUAUAGCUAUGGUGAUUGAGUACAAGUUUUCGUAGUAAGCUAAUAUGUUUAUUGUAUUAUUCCUUGAGUUAUGCUUUCAAGUUUCAACUAUGGAGGAGAUGAGUUUCUACCUGACUAUUAUGUACUUUUGUGAACAAUAAGUUAAAGCACAAUACUUGUGUCGCAGUGAUAUCCCUUUUAUCACUAAUAAUCAUUGCGAUGACUUUGGUAUACUAUGGAUUCAGUUACGCGUUUUGAUGAAUUAAACGCAAGAAGACUUGCCCCUAUAUUGUCUUGCCCAACUUACGCCAACUAUGAUUAAUUAUGUCCCGUAAGUUCUCGCUUAUUCUUCCAGAAAAGGGAACAUUAUUUCACAUGAAGUUGCUUGCUUGUUUUUGUGUUGCUCCUAUAGUUUCCUUUACAUUCACGGAACAAUUUCGAUCAAAACCGUACAUCGAAACAAAAUCAAGACGCCAGAUUUAAAAUGAAGGCCGAGUUCAGAAAAAGUUCAAAUAUAUUUGCUCUCUCAUUUCGGUUAUGUGGAGGAACUUUAAAGUAGCAAUGUAACGUCGCAAAGACUUCUCUUAAAAUGUUUUCAUAUCCAUCUUUCGUUUUGUUUUAUUGCUUUUCACAUGCGGUGUUUUUGCUAACCUAAGUCAUUGAAAUACAACGUCUCUAAUUUAUCUUUUCAUAACCUUUUCUGUAUAUGUUCGAGCAAAACUCAAUUUGUAGCUUGUUAUUGGAAAGAGAGAUGUAAAUGUAGACUUAAUUUGUUUCGAUUGUUUUUUUCCAGGAUUAUUUGUCGGAAGUUAUCGGGAACUCCAAAAGCAAAUAAUUUCGAUUCUAUUUUGAGAGAAUCAAACAAUAUGUUAAGCCAGCGAAUGAUUUUACAUUAAAUCAUAUUUUCAUUGUCAUAAAGGAAAUGCGAUAUUUCUUCGUAAUUAUUCAUUGCUGGAAACAUGUCAUAACUCAGCACUCAGUAAUGAUGCAUUUCGCUGUGUGCACAGUGCAUGUUGUAAUGUAAUUUAAUGAAAUAAAUAUACUGGAAGAAGGUACAGAGAAAGCUGCCGCAAAUGGAUAAAGACAAAUAAAGUGUAUAUCAAUUGUUAGCAAGAGCUUUCGAAUUUCAAUUUCACUAGCCUGUAUUAAAGGUAUCAUACACCUACCAACUUGUAGAAGUGGAAUUUCGCAAAUAAUGAAUGAUUCGCAUAAAAAACCAAAGGCGUAGUGUCAUUUUGUAGAUAUUAAGUCAAUGAUUAUACAUCUCAUCAUAUUUUUUGCUUUGUAUUUUGUUUCAUUUUGACUUUGUUUGUGAUAUAUGUUUACAGAUUUGUUUAUAUACUUGGUUUAAGGCAAUUACUAACGUUUUGGGGAGGGGAAACUACUGUGUUGGAAGACGAAUAC